AUGAGUGAUCCUUUUUCCAUUACCAACUGGAUGGUCUGGAAACCCGAAGAGAUGAGUUUCUUUCAACUCUUUCAGGUCUUGAUUGGAAGUGAUUUGCAUAAAAAAGGGUUUUUGCAAUGCCUUGAGUUCGUUGUUGAGUCAAGGUUCUACCCAAGGUGGCGUAUAUUUACAUCGCUGUUUGCACAAAAGAUGCUGCACUACUUUGCUAAUAUCUUAAAAUGUAUUGGUGAUAUCGUUGAGUCUCUUCUGAACCCACAAGCUUCUUCCCACAACAAUGUCCUCAUGCUUGUUUUUAACUGUAUCCGAGGUAAAGAGCUAGUGAAUAAAGAUUCUAAAAAUUAUGUGUCAAUAAUUGGUCAUUUGGACAAGCGAGUGGGGUUGUUAGACAAGAGCAUCAAAAUUGAAGACCCCAACAGAUACAACGCUGCUUUGUGUAUGAUGGCUUCUAAAGUAUCAUACGAGAAUAAAGCUUUCGUUCAUGAUAUUGUUGUAAAUCACUGGAAGAUGGAGCUGGUUGAAUGUCGUGACUACUGGAAUGAUUAUCAAGGUAAAGCUACAACUCAGGCUUUUAUCAUGUUAGACAAAAGUGCAGACCACCAUACCUACGUGGUGGCUUUCAGAGGAACCGAAGUCUUUGAUGCUGAUGCAUGGUCCACUGAUGUCGAUAUCUCUUGGUUUGAGAUUCCUGGUGUAGGAAGAAUCCACGCUGGUUUCAUGAAAGCCUUAGGGUUACCAUUAGACUCAAGGAAAGAAGAAUUUACAUGGCCUAAGGAAAUGAGAACCGACGAGAACCGUCAUCGUGCCUAUUACUCCAUAAGGGAUUUACUAAAGAAGCAUUUGAGAGGAAAUGAUAAAGCGAAGUUUAUUUUGACGGGUCACAGCCUUGGUGGAGCUCUUGCAAUUCUCUUUCCCGCAAUGCUGAUUCUGCAUGACGAGACAUUUAUCCUGGAAAGACUUGAAGGGGUGUACACAUUUGGACAACCUAGAGUUGGAAAUAGAACAUUUGCAAGUUACAUGGACAAAAAUUUGAAACAGUAUGGCAUUAAGUAUUUGAGGUUUGUUUACUGCAACGAUAUUGUUCCUAGGUUGCCUUUCGACGAUGAUAUCAUGAAAUUCGAGCACUUUGGAACAUGUCUAUAUUAUGACAGAAGCUAUAGAGGCAAGAAAGUGCAAGAGGAGCCGAACAAAAACUACUUCUCGUGGAAGGCUAUGAUACCGAAGAAGGUGAAUGCUUUCUGGGAGCUUGUAAGGAGCUUCACCAUGGUGCAUAAAUAUGGGGCUGAGUAUGAAGAAGGAUGGCUUCAAAGAUUUGUUAGGCUUGGAGCCUUAGUAUUUCCUGCAGGCAUAGCAGCUCAUGGCCCUCAAGAUUAUGUUAAUGUUACCCAGCUGGGGCUUCCCUCACAUUUGGAUUAA